UUUAUACUCGUUCUCACACUGGAUGCUCAUGCUCAUGGAUACUGCAUGUGACCGCCGAGGCAUGAACACGCGCGUCUUGUAAUCGGCCCGAAUCGUUUUUUUUUAUUUUAUUUUAAUUGUCCCACGACUGAGUGCGAUCGACAGCAAUUUCGUUAUUUUCGUACAUCGCUGUUGGACCACGCGACCGCGCGAAAUUGUGCCACGCCGCCAUAACGAAACGGUGAAAAUAUCGUGUGGCGUCGACGAAGCUGCGACCGUCGCCGAGUACCGAUCACCGGAGCUCCAGGCCCCCCACGACACGUGCUAUUUUUAAUGUUUUGUACCAAUUGUGGAAGUGAGGAUGGAUACUCCAAACGAGAUGGAUCUUCAGUUUUUAGAUUUACAUGAUUUAACUGAAAGUGAUAAGCGUGUCAUUAUUACCAUUCUUAAAUCUGAUGUCGAAGCCUUGAAACUACCAUGGGAUGCUAAAGAUGUAGAAGGUAACAACAAUAAUGUUAAUUCUGUCGCAGUGACAGAAGUACCUGAACUUCAGCAACAUCAUUGGUACAAUGCUAUGCCACAGACGCCCACUUAUCCACAACAGAUGAUAACGUGUAAUGAAUGGUCAACACCAAUGUACAAUGUUCCCACAAACGGCCACAUGCCGCCGUAUAUGCCAGCGUCUGGAAUGGCGUAUGCCCAUGGAUACAAUAUCAGCACCGAGAUGCAAGAGAUGAAUUAUGGUAGAGAGAAUGGACGGCGCAACAAUCAAAGGGGUAGAGGAGGUAUAAGAAGAGAUAACUACAAUCGAACGCUUAAUCCUGCUAACGAAAUGCAGUCUGGAUACAUGGGCGAUCAGACGCAAUAUCAUCCGCAAAUACCGGUUAUGUACAUUUAUCCUGAUCAUUCUGUCUCUACACAACAGCCUCCAGUCGGACAGAUCUAUUACCCACAAAUAUAUUCAACGAUUCCUCAUCCGCAUCCCAAUACACAAUCGAUUUCGUCCAAUUCACAUGUAGCACACCCGACUUAUCCUCAAGCACCGAAUCCUCAAAUACCACAAGUAAACAGAUGUGUGCAACAGUCACAAUCUGUACCACUUCAACAAUCAUGUCAAGAACCCGCCAAACAACCGAUCGUUAAAUCAUAUGACAAACAAAUACAAAACAUGUCUGAUAAGUCAGCGCAUCAAGUAAAUGAGAAUAACACCUUGUCAAGUAACGUUGUUAGUACCGUUAUUGUAAAGAAUCCUACAUCAGAAGCCUCUGUGAAAAACGUAAACGAAAGCACUGCCAGUAGAAAAAGUGUGGACAGCAGUGAAAAAGUAGAUGCAAAACUCCAACAUAAUAUUGUACGAGUUAUAAAUGAGAAUUGCAAUGGCACGGAAAAAGUUCUUGUGCCAUGUGUAAAUACUAACAAUGACGUUAAGAUGAACCAAAACAAUGAAACAGAUAAGAAGUUUAAAAAUGAAACUGUAUCCAGUAUCACAACGAAUGCUGUAAAAACCUCGCCUAAACCAGUCUCCAUCAUGACAGACAAAAUUGAAGCACAAAUUGAGGAAAAUGUUGCACUAAAAGAUAAGACUAUUACUAAAACGCCAAAUGACUCCCCAGCUAUGCCAAAUGGAUCAACCAUCACAUCAAAUACUUUAUCAUUAUCUACAUCUGAAACAUCACCUGUAACUACAACCAGCAGAUCCUAUGCUAGUCUUUUCAGAAAAGACAGUACAUCGGAGAUACCUGUGACCACUACCGUUUGCUUGUCUAGUACAACAGUCAGUUCCAACACGUCAUGCAAACCUACAGAACAAGUAGCUCAUCAGAAUGAAACACCAAAAACAACGGUCCAAAAGAAACCAACUAGUCCUAUUCGCACACCAGAGAACCAAGAUGAUUCAUCUGACACACCAACUCUACAGAAUGGCAUAUUACAGAAUUGUUAUGAUGAUCCUAAUAUGUACAGGAUAGGUGAAUUUUUAACAAGUUAUCAAAUGGAUAAGCAAACAGUGAGCUUAUUACCGAGAGGAUUGACAAAUCGUAGCAAUUAUUGUUAUAUCAAUAGUAUCUUACAAGCUUUACUCGCUUGCCCACCAUUCUACAAUCUUCUCACGGCUUUGCCAGUUCCUAAAAACCGAGGCAGAAAUUCAGCUACACCCUUGAUUGAUAACAUGGUCAAGUUUGCUCGUGAAUUUUCACCUUUGACAGAAGCUGCCCGUAUGCCCAGAAAAGAUAGAGUUCAUAAACGAGGAGAAGAUACUGUCAUAGAUAUAUACAGCGGCAUUGCAUUUGAACCAUCAUAUGUAUAUACAAUGUUAAAGAAUACCUCGGCUGCUGGUGCCUUUUCUGUGGAAGGACGGCAGGAAGACGCGGAAGAAUUCUUGUCAUGUCUUUUAAAUGGAAUCAAUGAUGAAAUGUUAGAGUUAAUAAAAUUGGUCAACAAUGAUCAAAAUGCAAUCGAUAACGCGAAAAAUGUCAACAACGAUAACGACGAGGAAGAGUGGCAGGUAAUGGGACCAAAAAAUAAAGGUGCUGUCACGCGAUGUACAGAAUUUGAAAGGACACCAUUGUCUGAUAUCUUCCGCGGACAGUUGCGAUCUAGAGUUUCACGAGCAGGAGAACAGCCAACAGAUAAUGUACAGCCAUUUUUCACUCUACAACUUGAUGUUCAAAAAGCAGAAUCCGUAAGACAUGCACUCGAGAUUCUCGUCGGUAAGGAUCAAGUAGAGGGAUUGACCUGCAGCAAGACGAGACAACAGAUAGAAGCUUGGAAACAAGUCACCUUAGAAGAACUGCCUGUCAUCCUCAUAUUACACCUAAAAUGGUUUGUGUACAAAUUCGAUAAAUUUUCCAAUGGCUGCUCCAAAAUAUUGAAGACUGUGGAAUUUCCGAUCGAUUUGAAAAUUGAUGGUAAAUUUUUAUCACCGAACACCGUGAAGAAAUUGGGUUCCAAACAGAAACAAUACAAAUUGUUCGCGGUGACUUACCAUGACGGGAAAGAAGCCACCAAAGGACACUAUUUCACCGAUGCCUUCCAUGUAGGAUAUGGAUCCUGGGUUAGAUACGACGACAGCACGGUAAAAAGUGUCCCAGAAAGUAAUGUACUGAGGCCCACAUCACCUAGGGUACCUUACUUACUAUACUAUCGAAGGUGUGACACGAUUGGUAAUAACCAAUCAAAUAGUGCAAAAGCACAUUGAAAAGUUUUGUACAUAAAAUUUAUUAUAUAGAAAAAACUAUGUCCCAUUUGAGAUGGAACGAAAAAAAAGCUUCUUUUUACAAUUUCAAAGUUCUUGUUGAUAUUUAUAACUACAUAGAAAUCUAAAUAAAGAGAGCUUUUAUAUUAUCUACAAUAGUGUGGAAAAAAGUAGACAUUGAACCUGCUGUACUUCCAUGAAAUAUUUCUAUUAAGAUUGUUAUUACACGUUAUAUACAUAGUUUCCCUAAAAUCAUGAAAUAAAAGUAGGUAAUGUUAAGGCUCGUCAAGUGUUCCAAUUUGGGUUCACGUUUUCUAGUGAAUCUAAAAAGCGUUAUAUAUAUUAAAUGCUUUAUACGUUGCCGUUUGUGAGAUAUUAGAGCGUCUUGUGUGUGUAUAUAAUUCUUUCUGAGUAAGAUUAUUGUAAAUGUUACUGGUUUCCCCAUUUCUUUAUAAAGACAAACAACAAACGUGUGAAAAGAUUUUGAAGUGAUUUUGUGACAAUGUGUGUAUAAAGUAUAGAUAUAGACAUUAUACGUAGGUUAUUUUUUUAUAUAAUCCUCCUGUACAGUGGUAAUCGAUUUCAACUUGUCAGUCAUUUUUCAAUAUCACAAUUUUAAACACAUUAUUAAAUGUAUAUGUUAAAUAUAAACAUAUAUAUAUAUAUGUACAUGUUUAUACAUUACAUACAUAUUUUUUAAUAUAAAAAUUGUAAUAUUGAAGAAAUUUACACACACACACACACGUAUUUAAAUCUGCAUGUACACCAAGUCAUAUACACGCGCAUUCUAUUUGACAAAAUCUCCAUGGAUUUCUUUUUCAUCAAGUAUAUAUAAUUAAAUCAGGUAUACAUAAUUAAUUUUAGUAACCAAGAAAAACUGACAAGACAAAGAACUGAAAGACUUAUCAGGAAGAUUGUAUGUACAAUUAUUAAAUAUUUUUUGUAGUGAUCUUUUCUAGAUAUAUAAUACUGUCAUAUAUUUUAAAAAUUAAUGUUCAACAUGUCUUGUUUUAUUAAUUAUGUUUAAAUUGUGUUGAUGAUAAUGUGAUGAUAAUUUGUUACUUUAUAGUCUGAUUAAUCGUUUGCCUCCUUACGCAAGUAAAAUAUUAUUUAUUUGCGGCACAAUUUUUAUUGUUAAAUAAUAUUUUGAAAAUUAGAAUUGUACAAGUUUUAGUUCUUGUAACUCAUACACACACACACACACAUCCAUUAUAGAUCAAAGCAUGUAUGUUUGUAUAAUAUAGAUAAGGAAUAAGAAAUAUUAUAAGUUUUGAAUCUAA